CGUCAAGCUACUAGGUUGCAUCAAGCGCCAGCAGGAGAGAGGCUGAACUGCCCAGCUCAUACGUGUAGGUAAGCUGGUAGAGUAGGAGGGCAAGAAAAAGAUGGAUGUGAACGGCACAGCCCAUUGCGGGCUUGAAGCCGUAGUAACACCCCCGUCAUCGCCGUCCUCGUCACGGGUCUCAUCACCUGUCCCGGGACCCUCUCCACAGGCAGAACCGGCCCGUCCGGAAGUGAGCGUAUGGAAAGACAUCCGCAACUACUACCUCCGCCAUGGAUCUCAAACCCGCACGGAGUCACGGUCACCACUCCCUCUCGCAAGGUGCCCAAUAUGCCUCGAGAACGAGCUUGACAUCCAGGGGCUGGCACCCUCCUGCUCAAGCACAAGCAGCGAGCACAACUGCGAAGCGGCUCAGGUACUGAUCUGCGGCCACAUGGUUGGCGCAGAGUGCCUGAAGGCAUGGUGGCACACGCUCCUCAGGAGGCAGGAAGGUCAAGGUCAAGGUAAGCAGCUGUCGUGCCCCGUCUGCCGGCACGGGCUCCAUUUUAGGGGAUGCAACCACGUCAUCCCGAGCUAUCGCGCGCCGCGUUCAUCGCCGUUUCAUGUUGCCAUUGAUAGCCCGCAGCCCAAUGCCCCGCCGGAAGGGGUUGUGAAUGGUCCCGCCGAUCCGGCACCGUAUGUCGAGGAUGUUCAAGCCGGUCUUGAACUAGACAGUCUGCCACUGAAUCGCCUCGCGCGGGCUUGCCCGCUGACGCUCCUUGAGGGCGGCAUCCAGCCGCACCUGUGCAACCAGUGCCGGCUGGAGCGUGCGCAUCGGCUGGCCGUGAUGUGCGAGGACGAGUUCCACGAGGUGAUCAUGCGCAAGUUUCGCGAUAUGGGGAUCGACCUGAUGGAGGAGGCCGCACAUAUGGUUGGGGUGGGGAAGCUGAUACGCGAGAGGAUCGUGGCUAAUAUCCGAAGGGAGAUAAAUGCUGAGCAGCCCUCCUGGGGAGGAGCGUCCCACUGUUGGGGCAUUGGCUCAGGCUGGCGAGGUCGGGGUGAGUACGCGUAGUACUACUAGUAGUAGUCACCGGUAGGUGCUA